AAUACUUUCCCGAAUUAAGUUGGCGUUACGCUGACAGAACGACCUCCGUGUCAGAAGAACGGAACUAAUAAUACCCAGUAACCCGCCAGCACCAGGGUGUUUCCGCUGGGUGUGACUGUCACAGCUACAAGCAGGAGGGGUGUUCGUGAUCUCCAGGCUACACCAUGUGGGUCCUGAAUACCCUACUGCCCGUUCUGAGGGUCUAUUACAUCGGCAUUAAAGUGGUGCUCCAGCAGCUCGUCUUCCGUCCCUUCACCUUACCAGUCCUUCCACCACAACAUGGAAAAGUUGCAAUAGUGACAGGAGGGUCCAAGGGAAUUGGAUAUUGCACUGCCCUACACUUAUCUAAACUUGGAAUGCAUGUCAUUAUUGCAGGAAACAAUGACUGUGAAGGCAAUGAGGCAGUUGAGAGGAUACAACAGCAAACAAUGAAUGCAAAUGUGGAAUUUUUAUACUGUGACUUAACUUCUAUGAAGUCCAUCCGACAAUUUGUACAGAAUUUCAAGGCAAAGAACCUUGGCCUCCAUGUCCUAGUGAAUAAUGCUGGGGUAAUGCUGGUUCCUGAGAGAAAAACAGUGGAUGGAUUUGAAGAACAUUUUGGUUUGAAUUAUCUGGGACAUUUCUUACUGACUAACCUGCUACUGAAAACCCUGAGGAAGUCUGGAACACAUGAUAGUAAUGCCCGUGUUGUCACAGUCUCGUCUGCCACCCACUACGUUGGAGACCUGAACUUGGAUGACCUCCAAAGCAGUCAUUGCUACACACCACAUGGUGCUUAUGCUCAGAGCAAGCUUUCCCUCGUAUUGUUCACCUAUCAUUUGCAACAUCAGUUGACCGAAGAAGGAAGUCACGUGACCGCUAAUGUGGUGGAUCCUGGGGUUGUGAACACCGAUCUCUAUAAGAAUAUGAACUGGGCAGCGAAACUGGUAAAAUGGAUGACAGGCUGGCUGUUUUUCAAGACAGCGGAAGAAGGAGCUGCUACAUCAAUAUAUGCAUCUGUUUCCCCUCACCUUGAAGGAAUGGGGGGCUGUUAUCUGUAUAAUGGGAAUAAAACGAAAUCUGCAGAUAUAACCUACGACGAAGAAUUGCAGAGAAAAUUGUGGCUAAAAAGUUGCAAGCUGGUUGGAAUCCCCAUUUGAAGAAAAGCCUUAACUGAUCUUCAUCAACUGUCUGCUGGAUAAUAUGUAACAUCAACAGAAUUAAGUCAUCCAAUCAGGAUUCAUUACCUGGCUUUUCGCUGCUUGAUAUUUGGAAACAAGCCCGUAAUGUUGCAUAUACAUAUAUAUAUUUUUAAUUGUUUAAGAAAAAUCACCAGACAUUUUUUUUCCAGAAUGUUUAAUAUGUGCAUAGUGAAUAAAUGCAUCAUGAACAUUAUCAUGAUCGGCUAUUUCUUCCCUGGAGGAAACUGUCCUUUUCAAACCCAUUACAUGAAUAUUAAUUGAAAACCCAACACAACUCAAGCUUGCUUAUGUUGUUUUAGAUGAGUCAUUGUGGAAUUCAUUACAAUCUGCAUUUUGCUUUGGGUAUAUUUGUUCUUACCGUAGUAAGACUUACAUUAUUACUUUGACGUACAUGCUUUCCUUAAUAAUCAUGAUGAGUUUAUCUGUGAUUUAUUCAGCCAUAUCAAAGGUUGCUUUAAAGGAGACAGAUCACCAAAAUGUAUUCUGGUCCAAUUUAGUUCCAUGUUUUUGCAUACGAGCUCCAGGAACCGCACACAUACAUGA